CCGUGGCCAAGGCGGUCCAGUCACGUGGCUGAAAAAGUUCUGCAGUCUGUUACUUUCGAAACACAUCAGGUCACCGGAUCAGCUCUAAGCUGGAGACAAAAACGCUCCGUCGGAUCAGACGUGGCACUUAACAGUCAGAGUUGCAAGCCUCGAUAACUGCAUUCACGGAGUCCCGCUUCUUGUUAUAUCAACGGCGGUCAUGGCCAUGGAAUCAGCGACGGUCCUCAUCAUUGCUGUCGUGCUCGUUCUGUUGUCUUUGCUUGUGCUUCUUCGCAGCCGCCGUCCGACCAAUAUGCCCCCUGGCCCAGGAACGUUCUCUUUCACGAGCAGAUUUCUCCUGCAUCCGAUCUUUUAUCAGGUGCCUCCACAUCAAAUCUUUUACAGUUACUACAAAACUUACGGACCGGUAUAUUCUGUGGGUCUUGUGGGGCUGAGCCUUGUCAUCCUGCACGGCGCCGAGACAAUCAAAGAAGCUUUCCACAACAAGUUCAUUUGCGAUCGACCAUCUGUUAAGAUACUCAAACAUGUUUUGGAUGGCGCAGGAGUUGCAUUUUCGUCUGGAGAAGCGUGGAAGACCCAGCGACGGAUCGCCAUGACCUUCAUGAGGGACUUUGGCUUAAACAGAACUGACUUUGAAGACCAGGUGGCAGUGGAAGCUGGCCAUCUGCUGACAGAAGUGGCUAAACACGAGGGCCGGCCGUUCAGCCCCUACGUCCUGAUGGCCAAUGCCGUGUCCAACGUCAUCUGCAAGGUGGUAUUUGGCACUCGUUACGACUACGAUGACCCGCAAUUCAAGCGGCUGCUCGGGGCGAUCUACCGCAACAUCCAGCUGAUCGGCGGCGUGACGGGAGCGCUGCAGGUCUUACCCGGCGCCCACGUCUUCGCCCGGUUCCUGCCCCCGGUCCGGGAGACUGGCGAGAACCUCAAGCUCAUCUGCGAGUUCACGCGGGACGUCCUGGAGGAGCACAAGAAAGAUUUCGACCCGGAGCACCCGCGGGACUUCAUCGACGUGUACCUGCGGGAGAUGGAGGCGUCGUCGGUGAACAAGUCCAACGUGAAUAUGAACGACAUGUACGCCACUGUGGGGGAUCUCUUUGUGGCUGGAACGGAGGCUACAUCGACAUCGGUUCGGUGGGGAAUGAUCUACAUGAUGGCACAUCCUGAAAUUCAACAAAGGGUUCAAGAUGAGAUUGACUCUGUCGUGGGGCGCCAGCGAUUCCCCACCAUGGCCGACCGGCCACGGCUGCCCUACACCGAGGCGGUCAUGCUGGAGAUAUUUCGCCUGGGCAACGUUGUUCCCCUCGGGGCACCGCACCAGGCCUCCCAGGACACCACCAUCGGCGGAUACCAUAUCUCUAAGGGCAGUUUGGUGUUUGCUAACCUGGGAAUGCUCGGUUUGGACGAAAAGGUAUUCCCUGAGCCGGACAAAUUCAAACCGGAGAGGUUCCUGGACGAAAGCGGGCAGCUCUCCAACAGGAAGUACGACUUGCUACCCUUCUCUACAGGUCCUCGCAUGUGCAUCGGCGAGCAAAUGUCUCGGACGGAGCUCUUCGUCUUUUUUACUCGUCUCAUCCACCGCUUCACCUUUCGGAAACCAACUCUGGCCCCGCCCAUCUCCUUCAAGGGCGUGGCAGGGAUCACGUGGUCGCCCCUGCCGUUCGAGAUCUGUGCCGUUCCCCGCAAGUAGAAAGUAUGGAGGGAGAGUGCAAGUUGAAGCCUAACGCUCUCUGGAAAAACUGAUCCAAUUUCAUUAUCUGCUUCCAAUGUUGUCUUCAAUAUUCUACAUGUCGAGUGCCUGUACAAGCUUUGCUGUUAUUAGUAUUAUUACCAUACGCUCAACAAGAGACUAAUACUGGACAUAAAAGUGCACACGUAAUAUAACCAAACAACCUAAUAUGAUGCGGGUACUGUCCACCACCUGCGUCUGCGAACGCACCUGCCAAUUAUUUUCCGAUGUUUAAUAAUUAAUUCAACAACGGCAAUGAAUUCAUGAAGUACAAUUUCCUUGGGGGUCAACCGCAAACCGCAGUAGGCUGUAAUCUACAUAAAUACUACAGAUCAUUGACGUCAAGCAAGUAUUAGACCGCCCCCUGGAUGGACGGAGUGGGUUAUCCUCAUAAAAGUGUUGAUUUCGGCCUGAUGGUGGAUCGAAUCGUACGCUAGUCUUUGAACAAGCACUAUGCGUGCCGCGCAUGCACGGUCGACAUUGCGACUGAGCAGAGACCAUCAGUUCAAGCAUUGGAGAUAAUAGGGGGUUUCACAAUAGU